ACUGCGAGCUGCCCGGCUCCUGGGCAGUGGGGAAGCCCCCGGGGGCGGGUGAGCUCAGCUGGCCACGACCCAGCCGUCCCCCGUGCGCAUCGCGCUUAAGAUGGCAGCGGAGACAGGGGAGCUAAUCGGGGCUUGCGAGUUCAUGAAAGAUCGAUUAUAUUUUGCUACUUUAAGGAAUAGACCAAAAAGCACAGUAAAUACUCACUAUUUCUCCGUCGAUGAGGAGCUGGUCUAUGAAAAUUUCUAUGCAGAUUUUGGACCUCUGAACUUGGCAAUGGUGUACAGAUACUGCUGUAAGCUAAACAAGAAACUAAAAACAGUUUCCAGGUGAUGAAAGGACUCAUCCUGGCUGCAGCGUGGAGCAGAAUGGUUUCUGGCAGGUCAAGAUUGAAAUCGUCACCUCUGUUGCGUUAUAACCACGUGAGAUUGAUGAACUAACAAUGACAGCAUGAACUCUGUUUACCUGCCAUUGUGGAAUUCGGGUCAGAGGAUCUGGUUCCAUUUCCUGUAUUUACGUGGGGGUUGGCUAUGUAGCUUUUUUCUGCUUAAACUCUGGGCAAAUGAAGAAAAGUGACAUUUAUGUUCCUAGGUUUAUUAAACUUAUCACAUACAAAGCAACAUUUGUCUAUCUUUUUUUCUUCUAAAUGACCAUCUUAAAGAUUCUCUUAAAGCUAUUCUCUUAGCAUAACUGCAAAAUUAGGACGCUCAGCUCUUUUAUUCUUUCCUGUUGGUCAAGUGUUGCUGCUGCAGGGAACAGUGACCUGUGCAAUCAGAGAUUGUCCUUUUCGUCUUUUUAUUUUAUUUUUCAUUUUUUUUCUUGUGGUACUGGGGUUUGAACUCAAGGUUUCAUUCUUGCUAAGCAGGUGCUCUACCUUGAGCCACAACUCCAGCCCUUGAGUUGUUUUUUUGUUAAACUUAGGUAGAAAAGGCAGCCAGAUGGUGAAUUUCCUAUGGAAUACAUUGUGUGUUUAUGAAUUUACAGAUUUUUACCACUGACCUCAAAGUGUCAGAUUAUCAUGUAAUGACACCAGAGUGAUUUUCUUUUUCUUUCUUUUUGGCAGUGCUGGGGCUUGAACUCAGAGCCUUGCACUUGCUAGGCAGGCACUCUACCACGUGAGCCAGGCCUCCAGCCCUUUUUGGCUUUGGUUAUUUUUCAAAUGGGGUUUCGUGUUUCUGUCUCAGCUGGGCUGGCAUCGGUCCUCCUGUUACACUUCCUGUAUUGCUGAGAUGGCAGGUGUGUGUCACCGUGCCCAGCUUUUAUUGGCUAAGAUGGGUCUUGAGAACUUUUUGCCCAGGCUGGCCUCAACCUGUGAUCCUCUUGAUCUCUGCCUCCUGAGUACCAAAGAUCAUAGGCUUGAGCCAUGGCACCCAGCCUCCAGAGAGACCUUUUAAAAAAUUAGGUGACAUAAGUCCACUACAAUCAACUGUCCCAGGAAUUAACACAUAAAGUAUUGUCUGACUUGAAAAUGUACUUGUAAACUCCUUUAACUAAACCAGACCCAUGUAUUUUAGGGACAAAGCUACUGUCAGUAGUGUAGAAAGUAAAACAGAGCUUUUCAUAGUCA